GAGGACAUCUGCUUGAGAGGGGCUGCACUUUGGCUUUCCAUUUAGAACCUUUAGAAGUUUAACUUUGAAAAGUUGGGAGCUUCAGCCCCAGCAAGUGAGUCUUCAGGCCUUCAACAUUUGUAAGAUUGUGUGAAGAUGACUGGACACAUCUUCAUACACCUGCUCUGGCUUGUGUGUUUCUGUUCGGCAGGCCAUCAGCCAGAUGCUGCUCACAUGACAGUGAAGAUGCGGAAUGUCAGGCAGGCAGCUGGAUCUCUGGCCAGCAAGGUGGUCCUGCCCUGUCACUUCUCCAUGAUGUCAGAUUCUCCUGGCGUCGUGGACACGCACACCACAACGCCCGCCCCUGGUGACGGCCUGAGUCCCGAAGACCAGUUCAGGAUCAAGUGGGUGAAGGUGGAGAGCUGGGAGAAACCGGAGGAGUCUCAGGAGACGUUGGUGCUGGUGUCCCACAAUGGGAAGGUGAAAAUGGGGGUGAGCUUCAUGGACAGGGUGUCUGUGCCCAACCACCCGCUUUCAGUCGGAGACGCUUCUCUGAUGAUUGAGAGGGUCAGGGCGAGUGACGCAGGCCUGUACCGCUGCGAGGUGACGCGUGGGAUCGAGGAUACCCAAGACACCGUCAGCCUCAGUGUCUCCGGUGUGGUGUUCCACUACAGAGCCAACAGCAGCCGAUACUCUCUGAACUUUGCUGCGGCCUCAGAGGCGUGCCGUAUUGUGGAUGCUACCAUGGCUACACCUGAACAGCUGACGGCUGCUUUCGAGGACGGCUUUGACCAAUGUGAUGCAGGCUGGCUCGCUGACCAGACAGUCAGAUAUCCAAUCACUAUUCCUCGUCCCGGCUGUUCAGGUGAUCUGCUACAGCGACCAGGUGUUCGAACGUAUGGCCUCCGUGACCCUGCAGAGAAAUACGACGUGUACUGCUUCGUGGAUAAACUGAACGGUGAGGUCUUCUAUCCUUCCUCCGUCAAGGAUAAACUCACCUGGCAGCAGGCAAAGGAGGAGUGUGAGAAACAGGAUGCUGUGUUGGCGUCGCCCGGCCAUCUGUUUGCAGCCUGGAGGGCGGGGCUUAAUCGCUGUGACUACGGCUGGCUGUCUGAUGGGAGUGUCCGGUACCCCAUCACUGUUGCCCUGCCUCAGUGUGGAGGAGGCAUGCUGGGGGUCCGCACGCUCUACAAGUACAAAAACCAAACUGGCUACCCCGAUCCAACAGACAGACAUGGGGCCUUCUGCUUCAAAGCUAAACUGCCAGAACUGACCAUUAGUGCACAGACAAAUCCACCGAUGAGACUUAACAUCCCCACAGACACUACAACACCCUUCCAACCGAUGAGACUUUACAUCCCCACAGACACUACAACACCUUUCCAACCUAAAACAACUGAAGUUCAAACCAGAACACCGGAUCACGCAGACCUCACCACACCCUUUGCUGGUGACUAUGAUUAUUUAGACCAUCAUAGACCCUUAGUAGAGUCUGUGCCACAUACAGAGGAUAUUUCCCCCCCAUUAGAGCCAUAUACUAUACCAAAAAUCCACUCAGAACCUCUACACCUGGAUAUGGAAAACUUCACCUCAGGAGCACCUGUAAAAGAAGAGCAAGCAACUAUGAGCCCUUCAUCCUCCCCAAAGAUUGCCCUACCAGAUACAGGCCUCCCAUCCACCGCCAUGGAAGUGGUGAAUGAAACUCAACUCGUAUUCAAAGACGGAGCCCCUCCUAUGAUCCACUUGGACAAGCCUUUAUCCCUUCUUCUGGGAGAAGAGUCAUCAACCGGACAACCUAUCCAGGUCAUAUUAGUCGGUGUGCCGAAAGCAAACGAGUCAGUGGACGAUAUCCUAAAACUGCUGAGCAAGCCUGUAGAUCUCUCCAAGCCUUUGCACUUCAACACUACUGACACCGGGAGUGUAGGGUCUGACCACCUUUUGCAGGGAAUAAUCAGCUUUGCAGACGACAGCCGCAAGGCAACGUUAAAGCCAGACUCUCCAGAGGAGGCUCGAAGGGAUCAGUUUGAGACUGCCAUACCUAUCCUGGUGCCAGAGGAGAAGAUUCCUGGGAGAGAAGGGGACCCAAGCAUUGAACCAUUUUACUACACUAAGGAUAUACAUACAGAGACCAGUGAAGAUGUCCCAACAGACUUGCAAGGACUUACAACUCAAGUAAAAGAUGAUGCGGCCACCACCACAUUUUCACCUAAGUUCUCAACUACCACACUGUCAGAUACAGUCCUUCCUGGUGCCACCUCCACACAUGGAGUCAUGAGGGCUGGCACUCCGUGGGAGGGUUCUGCAGAUGGUGCACUUCCAACCCCUGCUGCCAGUUUGUUGGGUGUGAUGACUGACGAGACAGAGGUUGGAGGGACAGAACCUUCAACUUUUAUCCCAGACACAUUGUACCAGAUAACUACUAUCCAGGGACAUGUGCGAGAUGUUGAAGGGUCUGCUUCUGGAGACAGUGAGGCCUCAGGGCAAUUUGUUUAUCAACCAGAUAAAGAUAGAACAACUACCCCACUACCACCCCACCACUCCCCUGUUCCCACCCAGACACCUCAAUCUGCAGAAGAUACCAAAAUAAUAGAGGAGGCUAUAGUGGGACAGGAGGUCCAUGGAGUUAUGGAGACAGGCUCAGGUGCAGAGCAGCCAACUGAAGAGGAGAAAGACUCUGAGAGAAAAGAUGGUCUGGUUGACCUGCCUGUAGAGGUUGGCGUCGGUGUUUUACCAACUCCUAAAGACCAAGUCACAUCUCAAAUACAGGACACCACCUCCAAAAUCAGCAUGCCCAUCAUAAUCCCCACACGAGUGGAUUUGCCAACACUUUCAAGCUCUUCCUUCCUUUACACUUUUGACCGGAGUUCCCAAUCUGUCCCUCAGUGGGCUCUGAGUCCUGAUCCUUCAGCCUCUCCUUUACCAGAGGAUGAAUUAGACUAUCAUGAAAUAAGCAAGCCUGGUUUUUUGGAGUCGCAUCCAAAGACCCCAGUUGACACUGGAGCUACAGGACAGACAGAGACAGGCACUGGUUUAGUUCCUUCCGUGGAGGACAGCUCUGUGGAUGUCAAAGAUCUCCUUUCUUGCGCGGUGAAUGUGUGCCAGAACGGAGGCUCGUGCUACAAAAAAGAAACCCAGAGCAUCUGCGUUUGUGCACCUGGAUUUACUGGACAACACUGUGAAACAGAUGUUGACGAGUGCCACUCUAAUCCGUGCCUCAAUGGAGCCACCUGUCAGGAUGGGGUCAACUCCUUCACCUGUCUCUGCCUGCCCAGUUACACAGGAGAUUUCUGCGAACAAGACUCCGAGGUGUGUGAACUUGGCUGGCACAAGUUUCAGUCCCACUGCUACAAAUACGUUGUACGCCGUCGGACCUGGGACGCCGCUGAGAGGGAGUGUCGGCUCCACGGCGCCCACCUGGUCAGCAUCCUGUCACAGGAGGAGCAGAUGUUUGUCAACCGCCUGGGCAGUGACUACCAGUGGAUCGGCCUGAACGACAAGAUGUUUGAGAGAGACUUCAGGUGGACCGACGGCAGCCCAUUGCAAUAUGAUCACUGGAGGCCAAACCAGCCGGACAGCUUCUUCCAGUCAGCAGAGGACUGUGUGGUGAUGAUCUGGCAUGAAGGAGGGCAGUGGAACGACGUGCCCUGCAACUAUCACCUGACCUUCACCUGCAAGAAGGGGACAGUGUCAUGCGGCCAUCCGCCUAUGGUGAAGAACACUAAGGUGUUUGGUGAUAAGAAGUCUCACUAUGAGAUCAACUCCAUCGUUCGUUAUCACUGCAAACCUGGUUUCAUCCAGAGACACAAACCAAUUAUACACUGCCAGCCCAAUGGCCAGUGGGAGGUGCCCAAAGUCACCUGCAUUAGCCCUGCAACGUUCCACGACUCAAUUGCUCUUCGACGCAACAUCAUUCAGAAAGAGCAGCAAACCAGGCACCACACCCACCACGCCAAGACUCACGAGGAGCACCAUCAAAGCCGAGAGCAAGAACAGAGUCACAACAUGCUGCAAAGUGUCCCCAACCCCUUUGAGAACCAAAUCCGGCAGGCGCUUCCAAACAACUGGAAGUUGCAGGCCAAUGAACAGAACCAGGAGUAGACAGGCCGCUCGAAAACAUCUGAGAUGGUUGUAGAAGAUCAGGUUUGUGAAAGGAAGUAGUUAUUGUUGGCUGGCCUUAUUGGAGGCAUCAACAGACAGAAACAGUGUUUUACACUGAACUGCCUAUCAGCGACAAGAACAUUGGAUUGACCACAAACAUUCCAGGAUGCACAUCGUAACACAAGUGACCAUUUAGGUUUUUGUUUUCCACUAAGUGAUUGUGCAGUUUUCACACAUCACUACUUUUAGGUCACUAAUAUACUUUUUUGUUUUGUUGUUUUUUUUUUCUUUACAACUUUAAAAAGUGAUAGUUUUCCUUUUUUCUUCUAAUAGUAGUACAAACAUAUAACCACCUGGGACCUGCUUAUAGCCUAUUUAUGUUUUGCCAAAGAGUUUUCCUUUUUAACAUCCACUUUUGAUCACAGUAAGUACCAGAGAAGAUUACAGUACCGCUCUCAUUUUCGAGCUGUUUAAAACUUUGAAAUCUUGUGUUGUACAUGGAUGCCCAAUCCUGGUUCUCAAGGGCCACCUUCCUGCAUGUUUUAGACGUUUCUCAGGAUAAGAAUAUUACAGCGAAAUUAACUGUUCCCUUAUGGUGUCAGGAAAUGAAAAGCACAGUACAAGAAAGGGGUAAAGUAUUUACAAGAUAAAAUCAAACAAAGAAAUGGUCUCAAUUAGUAUCUUAGUUAGUUAUUGCGCAUGAAUGUUGCACACUGGUUAUUCCACAUACAUUCCACAUUCGUUUGCACAUGUAUUUGCACUGUGGAACUAUUCAGUACCAUGAUGGCUGUGGUAAAAGCUGUUUUUUUAGUCUCUUUGUUUUAAUGCUCCUGUAGCUCCUGCCUGAUGGCCGGCGUUGUGACCCGGAUGCCAGGAGCCAUUUAGAAUGUUUGUGGCGUUCCUGAGACAGUGAUCUUCUGGGCCGUGUUAGCGAUCCCCUGAAGUCUUUUUUCCUUGGUGCAGCUAGAGAACCACACACAGAUACUGUAGCACGAUGCUCUCAAUGCAGCAGUGACAGAAUGACACCCACAGUUUUUGACAGAGGUUAUUUAUUUAUUUUUUUGUCUGAAGGCUUUUAGAAAAUAGAGUCUCGGGUGUAUUUGCACCCCAGGUCAGGUUUUUCACGAUAUGAACUCUCAAAUGAAAGUCUGACACCCACUCCUCACAGUCCAGGUGUGUCUCUCAUUUGACACACCUGAGUUGAAUGAAUGAGCGAUUUAACAGGCUUCUGCAGAAUUUUGAAGGCAUGAAGAAGAGCAGGGAAACAACUAAAACAUGUAGGAUAGUGGUCCUCGAGGACCAGGAUUGGGUUACUAUUGUAUUAAGACGUUCACAUGUUGGUAAAUUCUGUCUUGAGCUCAGUCUUAAUUUGGUUAUAUGAACUUGACUUUUUUUGUAGCUAACCUUUGAGUCAAACUCAGGUCCUAUUCUAGGCCCAGAUCUGGAUCUUUUGAUUUCUUGUUCUUUGAGAACUUACCUGAACCCUGUUGUCUGCAGCUCUCAGUUCAUCUACGAAGACUAUAGGAAACUAGGACAGUAGAAUAAUUAGGUAAUGAUGUAAAAUAGUUGUUUUGCACAUGCUGAGUUGGCGUCUUUGGCCUCUGUCCAUUCAGUCACAAACUUUUACUGGUGCUGAAACGUUUAGCGUUUGAACAUGUGGUACUGAAUGAGUCCUUCCACAACGUUCUCCCUCAUUAAUGUAGUUGUUUAUAGCUGCUGUGAAUGUGUUGAUCCUUUUGCAGUCAUGUGUUGAACUGCAAAUUCUGAGUAUAUGGACUGCCAUUUAUUAAAUGCAAAUCAUUAACACAUUUAAUCAUGCAUUUCAAAGCAAGUAUACUAGAGACCUUUAUCGCUGGACUGAUGCCUUUUCUCUGUGUCGAACAGUUCAUGGUAAAAAGAAAAAAAGUCUGUUUGGUGAAGUUCAGCCGUUUUGGUCACAGAACAGGGUUCGUCUGACCUGUGCUUAUUCUGAAAUCUUAAGUGAAAGCUACGCUGUGGGAAAAAUCUUUUCAAAACAACUUUUUAUUUACUGUAAUGAGCUCUUCCACAAGAGCUCUCAUUUUAAUCUCCUUCUUUGUUUAUGUCCGUGUUUUCUCAUGGGAAACUCCUGAGAAGACUUUUAUGAACGUUUAAGCUCACAUGACUUAAAAAGGGUAGAAUGUAGGUCACCAAGUGCCACUAAGUGAGCUUAUACAAUUUAUACAUACUAUACGCCCUGUCUACACUACUCUGAAUAUUUUGUCAAAAAUAGUUUUUCUUCUUUUAAUUAAAAUGUUUAAUUGCAUUAAUUCAACAAAAAUGCAGAAAUUUCCACACUGCACCACUAGGUGGUGAAAACACCCACUUACAACACAUUAAAAUACGUAUAAAGGACAUUCUCUGCGUUAUAGAUUCUAUUAAAGCCUUUCCUUUGAUACAGUUUAAAAAUUCCUCAGUUAUUGAUUGUUUUCUGUGCACGAUUAAAAUUUAAUAUCAACAGAAUCAGAAUAACGCAAGACAGACAAAAUAAUUAUAAAAAGGCUUCUCUAGGACUGAAAGUAGGAAUGAUCAUCUGAAAAUUAGGCUGAUGUGUCAUUGUUUCAGAACAGUUGUGUUUUUUUUUGUGUGUGUGUCCGCACAGACAGACACAAAAAACAGUUUUGAAAAAUCUACAUAAAAAAACAUCUUUACAAAAUCCUUUUUUUCUCUUACUGAAAACAGAUAAGAGGUGAAUAAGUAUUAGGAAAUCUAUUUAAAAUAUUUGGAGUAUGUAGGAUAGGGCCAUAGAAUUCAUAUAAAGUUAUGUGUAAAAAUAUUAAGACUUUGAUUUUUUUAAAAAUAAGAAAAAUAACAUUUAUCCCAUGAGAUUAUAAAUGUUUUCUCAAGACUCUUAUGCUCUGCUUUCUAUGUUUUACUGCACAGUAGAAAUAUAGUUUUUUUUACAUUGAAAAUCAAUAAAACAUUGAAAAAAAAUCUGUCUGACUGCAAAUUUUGACCAAAGCUAAAUGAAAAAUUCUUGCUUUUGUAUCUUUUUAAAUAACGCUUUCAAUGUAAUCUAUUCACAUUGUUUUGGUUAAUUAUGCAAACACACUAAGAAAAAACAAACCUAGAACAUAUAAGAAAAAAAAAACACUAAAAAUACAUCAUCUGCAGUUGCUCACACACUCCUUUAAUAAAAAAAAACACAAUGCAAAUUAGUCAUUUGACAUAAUUAGUUUACUAUUUUUAUUUAGAUUAUUGCAAAUGUGUUGUUAAUAGUCUUAUCACUUUAAAAUGUUACGUCAGAGCAGUUUCAUUUUAUUUAGUUUGAGCUGCUUUGGUAUGAUUCCCCAUGUAGAUUUUUGUACAGAUUUUAGAUGAGAGAAGUUUUUAUUGAAAAAAAAAAUAGGAACAAACCCUAAAUGCACACAGAAUUAAAGCAUUAUGAAUGUGCAAUAUGGUUAUUAACCCUAAAAUAUUUAACAUAGAUACUUUAUGAAGCCAUAUGAGUUUAACUUAUUGCAUACUUUAACAAUGAAUGGACUGUGACAAUAAAUAAAGUUAAUUCAAACUGAAGUGAUUUCUUUAAUAUCGAUGUUUGCUGUUUACAGUUUCCUGUCAUGAUGCUUCUGGUUGAAAUCAUUCAAAAAUACAAUUGCCUUUUUUGAGGGAUUUUUUAUGUUCAUAGUGUUAAAACUACUUUCCACUACGAUUUCAAUCAAAAUCAGUCCAAUAAAGUCACCAUCAACAUAUUUCAUUGCUUCUAGGUAACGCUGAAAUUUUAAAGUCUCCACAUGCUUGUUUUUGAUCUUUCUUUUUUUUUUUUUUUUUUGCUACAGAUCUGGAAUCUGUGUUUUAACUUUAAAUCUAUGGAAACGUGAAAGUAAAUCAUAGAAAAGGUGUCAAGAUGCUCUUUUUAAUGUAUAUAUUUUUUCUACACUAUGAAGCUACUAUGUUUACUGUCUCUGUGGCAUGAAAAGCCUUUUUAUGUAAUCAUUGUUCUAUAUAUUAAAACUGUUCUGUUGUUUAAUUUCAGCUGUGUAUGCAAUAAAAUGAGCUGUUCUACA